GGGGGGGCGGCAGGAAUGUGGCCCCGCCCCGGCCUCCACUACAAACCCGGCUGCGCCGAGCCGAGCCGAGCCACUGGGCUAGUAGCGUCAUGACCGCUUCGCCGCAGCCGCAGGUCGGGGAGCUGCUGGCCGAGGCCCGCAGGGCCUUCCGGGAGGAGUUCGGGGCCGAGCCCGAGCUGGCGGCGGCGGCGCCGGGCCGCGUCAACCUCAUCGGCGAGCACACGGACUACAACCAGGGCCUGGUGCUGCCCAUGGCACUGGAGCUAGUGACAGUGCUGGUGGGCAGCCCCCGGGCGGAUGGGCUGGUCUCCCUCCUCACCACCUCUCAAGAUGCUGAUGAGCCCCGAAGACUGCAGUUUCCACUGCCCACAGCCCAGCGAUCCCUGGAGCCUGGGACACCGCACUGGGCCAACUAUGUCAAGGGAGUAAUUCAACACUACCCUGCAGCUGCCCCUCUCCCUGGCUUCAGUGCAGUGGUGGUCAGCUCAGUGCCUUUGGGAGGUGGACUUUCCAGCUCUGCAUCCCUGGAAGUGGCCACAUACAUGUUCCUGCAGCAGCUCUGCCCAGACUCAGGGCCAAUAGCUGCCCGGGCCCAGGUAUGCCAGCGGGCCGAACACAGCUUCGCAGGGGUGCCCUGUGGCAUCAUGGACCAGUUGAUCUCACUUCUGGGGCAGAAGGGCCACGCGCUGCUCAUUGACUGCAGGUCUUUGGAGACAAGCCUGGUGCCGCUGUCAGACCCCAGGCUGGCUGUGCUCAUCACCAACUCCAACGUCCGCCACUCUCUGGGUGCCAGCGAGUACCCUGUGAGGCGGCGACAGUGUGAAGAAGUGGCCCGAGCGCUGGGCAAGGAGAGCCUGCGGGAAGUGCAGCUGGAAGAGCUGGAGGCUGGCAGAGAGCUGGUGAGCAAGGAGGGCUUCCGGCGGGCUCGGCACGUGGUAGGGGAGAUCCGACGUACGUCCCAGGCAGCGGCCGCCCUGAACCGUGGGGAUUACAGAGCCUUUGGCCGCCUCAUGGUAGAGAGCCACCACUCGCUCAGGGACGACUAUGAGGUGAGCUGCCCUGAGCUGGACCAGCUGGUGGAGGCUGCACUGUCUGUGCCCGGGGUCUAUGGCAGCCGCAUGACAGGUGGCGGCUUCGGGGGCUGCACGGUCACCCUGCUGGAGGCUUCUGCUGCGUCUCGAGCCAUGCAGCACAUACAGGAACAGUACAGCGGUACUGCCACCUUCUACCUCUCCCAGGCAGCUGAUGGUGCCAAGGUGCUGCACUUAUGAGGUCCUUCCCAGGAUGGCACAGGUCCUGCUAGGGGGCGAUCUGCAGAAGUUCCGUGCCUCCACCCCUGUGCUGUGCAUCUGGGUGGGUGCUCAAUAAACUCGGUGCCUCUGACGACA